GGGGCACAGAGAGAUUGAUAUUAAGACAGAGAUGAGUGAAAGAGAUUCGUCCAGACUGAAAGAGAACUGAGAUCAACACAGCGCUGCAGGGUUAUUCACACGCUGAGGUCUCACCCACCAAGCGAGAUGAAUAAAUGCCCCACUGCUGUUAAUAGUCCUGCUCAUCCAGUCUGUGUCAGUGGUAGUGAUGCUGUCCAGAUGAGUAAAACAGGCCCUAAUGCUAAUAAUGUGAGCCUCAGAGCAAAGAACAAGGACAGACAAGGACCACAUCACAUCCAGGAGCCUAGACAGCGUCCUCUGUCAACGAUCUCCAUCUCUGAUGUGACCCCCUACUCUCAUCAGCGCCGGUGGUCAGCCGACUUCUGCACAUGCGGGAACUCUACCGGCAUUAUUGUGAGGAAGAAGAAGAAGCAGCCAAAGCCUCCUCAGCGUUGCCUCGCCCUCCUCCAACCCCACUCAGAUUCCCAGGCUUCAGUGAGACGCUACUCCUGCCCUCCUUUGGGGACCUCUACCUCACCUGGUCAGUCCUCUUCCUCUUCCUCCUCCUCCUCCACCACCUCAUCCUGCUCCUCACCUCCUCCCACCCAGACAUCUGUCGUCGCUGGCCACGACCCUCGAGGCUGGAGGUUGCAUCGUAAGUCCAGCUCCACCUCCUCUCCGCUUCGCGCUAACAGGCUGUCUCUACAGAUUUCCAUCCCUGUCACCCCUGUUCCAAACACUCCAAACAACCCAGAGCCAUCAACAAAACCUGCCCUCAGACCCAAACCUUUCCAUCGCCACCACUCCGACUCCUCGGCCUCCCUCAGAUUUUUGGGAAGCCCUCGUUCUGGGGUGACAGCAGAGGAGCUCUGUGCUGUGCGUCUCCGCCAUGUCACACUUUCUGAUGACGAUGUCUUCACCAAGGGGGCUCAAGAGAAAGACAAGGUGACCACUCGGCCACGCAAAAUACCACCACCUGUUCCGGAAAAAACAGCCUUGGCUAGACAAAUAGCACAACUGAUUUCUCAUUCACGGCGGCGCUGUGGGCAAGUUACAGCUAAAAGCGACAAAAAUGAAAGCCUUCACACUGGCGUGAUGACGCCAAAUCCUGAAUAUUCACACCAGACUGUGGAAAACAGCAGCAUAUGUGCACGUGUCAACAAUAGCUGGGCUACAUCUUCAUAUCAGCAGCGAUAGGGAGAGGUCCACCCCACACUUCCCUGGCUGAGGAAUCUGAAAGAAGAGAACCGAAACCUUCUCUAAUCACCGACACCAGACUGUGUGAAGUAGAUAGAAGAUGUUUCUCCCUGGGGAUUGGACACCAUGUUCUGUCUGCUUGAUUUAAGGUAUUUUCAAUUGGCUGAAAUUCCUACAGACUAAAACACACUUUUAUAGUUCCCACAUCAAAGAAAGUGAGUGUUAUUACUUGAGUUUUGCAUCGUUUUAUCUAUUUACCAGAUUGUUGGAUCCAUGCUUCUUCUUCUUUGUUGUGGAAAUAUGACUUUGUUUUUUGCUUUGUUUUCUGUUACAAGCCGGGGCAGCUUUAAGGGAACACGUGGUUACUUUUGUAGAAGGAAACAAACCCUGCAGAUGUUGUAACUCCUGCUCAUUAUGAAUACAGACGAUAAAACUCAGAGAGCGCAGUACUCCGCCAAGGCUGUUCAUUCCCUCAUAUGCCAUUGUCAGAAAUGCAGUAUUUUUUAUUUUUAGAAAUACAGCAUUUGUUUAUUUAUUAGUUAUUGACAAUCAGAAGUCAUGGCACCAUAGAAUGUGUCCAUUUAAUAGAGAUGUACCCACAAACAACAUGACCUUGAGCACAGGCGUGUCUUAUGCAUGUGUACGUUAUGUACACACACCAAAUCGUGUGACCUAAAUAUGUAGCGAGUGGUGGGAAUUGACGGGACUCAGAAACACCCCCACAGCUUAAUCAGAUGACACCAUGAGGAUGUGUCAUCAGUUAUUUCAGGCCAGCACGUAUAAUUUCUAUUCAUUGUUUUAAAAAUAUCAAAAACAAUGGUUAAAGCUUCUCAAGUGUGAUGAUUUGCUUUUUUAAUUCGCUGAAUACAACACUGUCAAUUAAGCUUUUCAAAUGCCACGUUACUUACAGCCAAUUUAAUCAAUUAUAAAUAAGCUGUUUUAACUGUUUAACAGUGCAGGUAAUCUCUGCUUUGGUCAAAAUACAUGAUGAGUGGAGCCAUAUGAGUGUAUGAAAAGUGUUACUUUUCUAAUAAAUUUUGUGAAAAACC